ACAACAAUGCCUUCUUCAUAUUCCUCAACAUUUUGAGUCUCAGGGAAAGAAAAAGAUGCAGAAACUUCCAAGUUUAUCUUUUGAUGAUGAUGGCAGAAUCAGAAGAACAGGAACAUUGAUUACUACAAGUGCACAUAUCAUGACAGUGGUGGUAGGAUCUGGAGUGUUGUCCUUAGCCUGGUGUUUCGCUCAGUUAGGUUGGAUUAUUGGAGUUCUUUUACUUGUAGCCUUUGCUGUCAUCACUUGGUACACCUGCAUUUUGCUUUCGGACUGCUACAGGUCUCCUGAUCCGGUUACUGGCACCCGAAACUAUAAUUACAUGCAAGCUGUUAAAGUUAAUCUUGGAGGGUUUAAAUACAAAUUAUGCGGAAUAUCUCAAUAUGCGAUUCAAGUUGGUGCGAGCAUUGGGUACACCAUCACUUCGGCCAUCAAUAUGGCGGCGGUUAAAAGGUCAAAUUGUUUUCAUGUGCACGGGCACAAAAAUGGUUGUCACACGUUGAACAAUAAAUACGUAUUGAUCUUCGCUUGUAUAGAGAUCGUUUUAAGCCAAAUCCCAAACUUCCACAAGCUCUCGCUCGUUUCCAUUGUUGCCACCAUCAUGUCUUUUGCUUAUGCUAGCAUUGGCAUUGUUCUCUCAGUUGCGAGAAUUGCAGGUGAGGUAGCACUGUUUUCUUGCAAGAUUUAG